AUGGCUGGAUGUACAAGAGAUGGUGGUGUCGAUGACGGUGAAUCAAUGGAGAUUAGCAAAAGAGAGACGGUGAUGGAUGAGAAGAUAUAUGUAGCAGUGACAAAGAGAGAUCUGGAGAGCAAGUCUAGUCUCGUUUGGGCGAUACAGAACACUGGAGGCAGAGAGUUUUGCAUCGUCUAUGUUCAUCAACCUAUCCAAAUCUUAGCCCCGGGAGCGAAGAAACUACGGCGUUAUUGGAAAGAAAAGAAGAGAGCACUUGAUAAGUUGGACAAGUACCUUCAUAUAUGUAGGCAAAUGCAGAGAAUAUAUAUUGAAAUGAUUUCCAUUAUGAAAAGAAACUUGUCAUGGGAGCAGCAGCUGAUAAGACACUAUUCAAUGAAAAUGAGAGACUUGCAGUCCAAGAAAGCAAUUUACAUUUGCAGAAAAGCGCCAGAUACUUGCCAUAUAUGGUUUCCCUGCAAUGGAUACCUAAUUUUUACAAGAGAAGCUAGAAGAAGAGAAAACUUGUAUCUAGAAGGCACAUCAUGGUCAAAUUCUUUGAGCCAAUCCAAGAUAACUAAAGGAACUGAAAUGGUUCCAAGUUCGAGUAUGGCUAAAGAUGAUGUUCGGAUCCAAGUUGCUCUCAUAGAAGCUGAAAAAAUCGGCAACUGA